UAUUGAUCGCAUUUAUGAGUUCUCAGAGGCAAGUACAGGACAUUCAAGUGGAAAGCUUGUGAUGCAACGUUAUGAGCUUGCUCAAAGUUCAAAUCCAAUACCCAUUGAAAUGGCAAGCGUUGAGUAUACUGCCGUUGAAUUCUGAAUUUUAGACAAUCUGAAUUCACAAGUACAUUAUGAUAGUUAUAUAAUUAAAUUGAAAGUGAAAGACAAUUGACUAUCAUUCAUUGUUUCCAUGCCCAAAUUAACCGUCCCAACUCACUGGGAACCCGAAGUCGCAACUAUCGUCGAAAGUGCAAAAUUAAGACGAAAAAUGAGCCGGACGUAUCAGCAAGAAGCCAAUUAAUUAGUCAAAUUAUACAAUCUCUAUCUACAAGCCACCCAUCUCCAUGCUGAGUCUCUGGCAGAUCGAGAUUCAAAGUAACGGAGCCAACAAAUCAAGCUAUGAGCGAGCUUGCUUGCUUGCUUGAGUUGGAAAAAGCUCAAUUAGAACAACAAGAAGAAACUGUACAAACAACAAAACCCAAAAACAGGGAAAGCACCCAGCCACCCAUCACCAUGCAAAGUCAGAGUCACAACACGUGGCGUAAUCCCAGCCACUUCAGAGAUCCAACGGAUCGCGUCCAUUUGCCUCACGUAACUUCCCAGAUCCGCUGCCUCAGGAUUCAUCUCUCCCUGCCAUAGGCGUCUUUCCUCGGGCUAUCUGAGAUCAAUCAGAUCAUUGAAUUUCAGCUUUCAUAUUCCUUUGCAAUCCUCUUCUACGGUGAUUUUUGGAUUCUUUCGCUUACCAUCAUUUCUCCCAUCUCAUUUUUAUGUAAUUCUCGGCCCUUUUCCUAUUUGGUUUCGCGGAUAAUGUAGCAAAAACCCAUUUUCGCUUACGCCGCCGGAUCACCUAUCACCGCAUUCAUAGGCUUGGGUGAAACUCAACGAUUGAAGGCAGAAGGCAGGAGAAGGAACUACGAAUGUACAGAAUCCGGUCUUAGCAGCAAAGAGUGUGGAUGCCGCAAAUCAGGUCGUUGCAAGAAGGGCUCUGACAGGCAACCAGGAAUCAGCAUUGGGUCUCGUGAUGGACGAGGUUGUGGAAGAGGUUGAGAAGGUGAAGAGGGAAUGGUAUGAGACAUACAGCAAAACGCAAGAGCAUAUAAAGGCAAUUGGAGAAUAUGGGAAAUCAGGGAGAUCCGAGGAGAAAAAUUCACUUCCCAGACUCAAUGGCAUUGCUCAGGAUGGUUUGGCAUUGCUUUCUUCCUUGCAGUUCAGGCUUGAUCUUCUUGCUCCGCAGUUGCCCACUGAUGAAGAGGUGGAAUCUGCUAACACGGUGCUUGAAUCCUGGAAAGCUCAAAGCCAGAGUUUGAGAUCAAGUCUGAGGAAUGCGAAUCUGCAAGCAAAGGAAAAUAUGAGGAAAGCUGCUAAGGAGGAGAGAGAGCUACUUCUAGGAGGCGGAGGAGAGUCCACUGUUCGCCGACGCAACUUACAAACAAAAGCUGGAAUGACAACUGCUGCAGAGAGCAUUACAGAAAGUCUUCGUCGAACCCGCCAGCUGAUGGUUCAGGAGGUUGAAAGAAGCACAGGCACACUUAUGACAGUUGAGGAAUCAACGGGAGUAUUAAAGAAGGCUGAAAGUGAAUACAAAGGGCAACGCUCUUUGUUGAUGAGAACACGAAAUCUACUCUCUACAAUGCAACGUCAAGAUGUCAUGGACAGGGUGAUACUUGGGGUUGGCUUUUUCUUGUUCUCCCUUGCUGUGCUUUAUGUUGUUUCCAAGCGGAUUGGGCUGCUUAAACUGCAGAGAAAGGUUGCUGAAGCUGUGAAGGCUGGUUUGGCGGGGCAGGUGGAGUUGAGACCCCAAGCUGUUGCCGAUGAUGCUCGUGUUCAUAACGCAGAGGCUUUAAUGCAUGAUGAACUUUAAACGUUGUUGCCUUUAUUUUUCUCGUCUUUUUUUUUUUUUUGAGAAUUAGCUAAAAAUAGGCAAAAUAUAAAGGUUUUGCACUUGUUGAUAGAAAUUUUUUUCCCUGGCCCAAGAAUGAAGUUUUCUUGAUACUGUAGUUAAAGAAGAAUUCUCAGCAAUCUGCCCUUCCUAAUGUUUUUAAUAUUGAUCUCCUCACAUGAACCAUGAAACUUUCGAAA